GUUUCAUAUGGGUGUUCCCGCUCUUCUCUUUCUGUCACUGUACUCAUCUUUUCAUUUGUCCUGGCUCACUUUAUCUUUGGACUUGUCUAGGCUGACAGAACAGAGAUCAUCCAGUUUCCAGUGCUGGAGACCAGGUGGGAGCACCUGCAUGCAGGGAAUGCAAAAAAGUAGCUGACAAGUCAGACAAGGACAGACAAGUCAACAUCUGAAAAAUUUCAAUGGAAAACAAUUUCAGUUUGGAGGAGGGCAGUGAUCUGUCAUUUGAAGACCAUGACAUGUCCUUCCCCUCUCCAGUGAGACUGACUCCACCAGGUCAGAAUGACAUCUAUGACCUAGAGAGGAGGAGGAAGGUGGAAGAGGAGGAAGAUGAGCGACCUGUAGAGGUCACUGUCAUCCCCAGUGAUUCAGAGGCUUAUCUGAACCUUAACACCAACGCCACCACCAGAGGGGAUGCUCAAGCCUAUGUAGAGCUAAAUGAGUUCGUGGACAACACAUGGCAGGAGACUGCACGCUGGGUGGGCUAUGAGGAGAACUUUAACCAGGCUGCAGGAAAAUGGGGUCCUUCUCAUGUCUCCUAUCUCACCUUUAAGAGUCUUAUCCAACUGCGCAAGACCAUGAGCACAGGUGCGUUCAUCUUCGACCUGAAUGCCAACAGUCUGUCUGCCGUGGCUGAGAAAGUAGCUGAUGAGCUGCUGAACAAGAGGGAGAUUCGUGGAAGUGAUCACGAUGACCUGCUGAGAGCUCUACUAAUGAAGCGCAGUCAAUCCGAGGAACCUGUGGUUACUCCCUCUGGAGACAUUGAAAUGCAGACCUUUUCUGUAACAAAGAAGAGAGACAGCUCUGACACGGUGGAGGCCUCAAUUGUCCUCUCAGGUGUCCUGGACUUCCUGCAGAAACCAGCGGUGGCCUUUGUCAGGCUGAGUGACUCCACAGUGAUGGAGUCUGCUCUGGAGUCUCCUGUCCCUGUUCGCUUCAUCUUUGUGCUGGUGGGCCCCAGUGAUAGUGGAAUAGACUACAGCGAAACUGGGCGAGCCAUGGGUGCUUUGCUGGCCGACUGGGUGUUCUGUCUGGAGGUUUUCUUGGCCAAGAGUGACAAAGAUGUGACCAAUGCCAUUGCUGACUUCAUGGACUGCAGUAUCGUGAUUCCUCCCACUGAGAUCCAAGAUAAGGUGUUGCUGGAACCUGUCAUUAAAUUCCAGAAGAAGAUGCUGCAUGACAGACUCCGCCCCAGUGACACACGCCUUGCAUUUGGCGACAGGGUCCAAGCUGAGGGACCAGAGGGGCCGCAAGAGGACCCCCUGGCCCGUACCGGCUAUCCUUUCGGUGGGAUGGUAAAGGACAUAAAACGCCGUUACCCCCACUACCUCAGCGACUACAUACAUGCCCUGAACCCUCAGGUGCUUGCUGCCAUCAUCUUCAUCUACUUCGCUGCCCUGUCCCCGGCCAUCACUUUUGGAGGACUGCUAGCUGAAAAAACUGAAAAAAUGAUAGGUGUGUCGGAGCUUAUGAUUUCCACCAGCAUCCACGGCAUCAUCUUCUGUCUUAUCGCCGCCCAGCCUAUCCUUGUCAUCGGCUUCUCUGGACCACUGCUGGUGUUUGAGGAAGCUUUUUUCAAAUUCUGCAAAUCCUUCGAUAUUGAGUACAUUGCUGGUCGUACCUGGGUGGGGAUGUGGCUGAUAGUGAUAGUAGUCAUCAUCGUGGCCGCUGAAGGCAGCUUCCUGGUCCGAUUCAUCUCCCGCUUCACCCAAGAAAUCUUCUCCAUCCUCAUCUCACUCAUCUUCAUCUAUGAGACCUUCUAUAAGCUCGUCAUGAUCUUCAAAGACCACCCUCUGGUCCUGAACUAUGGCAAACUGAACGAGUCACUGCCUGACCCAUUCCACUCACAAAGCAUCCAGACGCACACCCCCAACGUAACCGCUCCUGCUCCUACACAGCAGCCGUUUCCCUACCCCAACACUGCCCUGUUGUCUAUGUGCCUGAUGUUUGGAUGCUUCUUCAUCGCAUACUUCCUCCGUUGGUUCAAGAAUAGUCAUUUCCUCCCCGGCAAAGUUCGUCGUUUGAUUGGAGAUUUUGGCGUUCCCAUUGCUCUUUUCAUAAUGGUUGGUGUGGAUGUCGCUAUUAGGGAUACUUACACUCAGAAACUGGCUGUACCAAAAGGUAUUCAGUUGUCCAACCCCGGCGAAAGAGAGUGGAUCAUUAACCCCAUGGGAAAGGAUGGCAAAUUCCCCAUCUGGAUGAUGGUCGCCAGCUGUAUACCAGCACUGCUCGUCUUCAUCCUCAUCUUCCUCGAGUCCCAGAUUACGACGCUGAUUGUGAGCAAACCUGAGAGGAAGAUGGUGAAAGGAUCUGGUUUUCAUCUGGAUCUGCUCAUCCUGGUCAUCAUGGGAGGCAUUGCCUCUAUUUUUGGGAUGCCCUGGCUGAGUGCUACCACUGUGCGAUCCAUCACCCACGCCAACGCUCUCACUGUCAUGACCAAGGGCCCGAAACCACAGAUCAACAGGGUGAUAGAGCAAAGGAUCAGUGGCUUGAUUGUGGCCAUCCUGGUUGGUGCUUCUAUUUACAUGGAACCUAUACUGAAGCUGAUUCCUAUAGCAGCCUUGUUUGGCAUCUUCCUCUACAUGGGUAUUACCUCUCUCAGUGGAGUCCAGAUGUGGGAAAGGAUACUUCUUCUCUUCACACCAAAGAAAUACUAUCCCCCUGAUGCCUACGCCAGCAGGGUGAAGCCACUGCGGAUGCAUUUAUUCACUCUGAUCCAGAUCGUGUGCCUGGCUAGCAUGUGGGCAGUGAAGAUGAGUCCCGCCUCUCUGGCGCUGCCUUUUGUUAUUAUUCUCACCAUCCCUCUGCGCAUGCUUAUAACCGGCAGGAUCUUUUCUUUCAUGGAGAUGAAAUGUCUGGAUGCCGAUGACACCAGAGUGAUAUUUGAUGAGGAGCCUGGAGAGGAUGUGUACUAUGAGUCCCCACUGCCAUAAACAUCACCCUUCAUUCACAAACUUUUAAGUUAACUCAGGUCUCCUUUGCCAGUAAUUAUGUGGAAAUUUAAUGUCAGGUGUUUUUAAAUAUGUGUAUUUGUAAACAACUCUUUGCCAUUUCAAACUGUUCUGUUAUUUUUUUAUUUAUCUUUAGAGGAAAUUACUUCUCAUUUCUAGAAGUCAUGCAACCUUUUGUGUGGCUGAAUCUAGGUUUUUGACCCUUGAUCCUUUUCUCAUUUUCCACAUUUCAUUUUCAUAUUUCAUCUUUUCACAUGACAUUAGUUUAGGUUUCUUGAAAAAAGCCUCCCUUUUUUCUGUUACUCCGGGUUGUUUAUUUACUACUACUUAGUUUUGAUCCUGGAAACACAUUGAAUUUCUUUAAAUGAGAAGUAUUUUUCCUUAAGAUGUGAGUUAAAUUAAUUAUUAUUUUUUUGUCUUUUAAUGAAUAACAACAAAAUAGACUUAAAGUGAUUGUAGAUCUGCAUAUCUGCUUUGAUAACGUAUAAGUCAGCUCUUAUUUUCCCACAUAAUGAUUUGUCGUGGAGUAUCACAUCUGCUUUUGCCCCAUACCAUAGGCUUUGUUUUAAUUAUUCUAAAGUGUUUUAAAUUGUGUUUAAGUUUCUCAUUUGAUAAAAUGUGUAUGGUUUACCAAAUAAUUAGGUUGUUUCUGUCCAGUUGACCUAUUUACAAUAUAUAUAGAAAGAUGAUUUAAAGUGUGUAAUUGCUUUCAUGAUUAUAAAAUGAGAUGAGCAGUAAUGAGUAGAUAGUGGAUGAUGAGACAGAAUUUUUGAGCCCAAUGUUCUGUUGAUAUAAUCAGGAAUCAACUCAUUUGUAAUUUAUCAUUGCUUUUGUUGUGUUGAAAAUGAUGUGUUUGUGUGCUAAAACACUGUACAUGCUUUGGAUUUUCACUUUAUUGAAAAUAAAAACACCCUCUUUAAAUAGCUUCU